GGGCUUGGAGGGGGGCCGUGAAGAGGGGAUAAAGUCGGCGAUGAUGUUAAGACCUCGCUGAGGGGGCAUGGCGAGCUUAAAGCACAAGCAAACAGGGACGGGUACAGUUGGGAAAGUUUGUUUCUCUCGACUCCGGAAGUCAGCUGGAGGGAGCAUUCGCUGGCGCAAAAUGCCGACCGAGGAAGAACGGGAAAAGUUGGCCCACGUCAUCAGGCGGUGGAACAACAACAGACUGGACUUGUUUGAAAUAAGCGAACCGGACACGAAUCUGGUGUUUCAGGGUGUGAUGCGCUUCUACUUCGAAGAUCGUGCCGGGGGAAACGUUGCUACCAAGUGCCUGCGUUUUUGCAGCGACGCUUCAACCACCGAGGUGGUCGAAACUCUGGCCGAGAAAUUCCGGCCCGAUAUGAAAAUGCUCAGCACUUGCCAUUCCUUGUACGAGAUCCACGGCAAUAAAGAACGUCAACUGGAUCCAGACGAGAGACCUUUGGUGGUUCAGUUAAACUGGAACUCGGACAACCGAGAAGGACGGUUCGUGCUUAAGCAAAGCAAGGAGACGCCCGGGGAGAGCGGUCACAACAAGGAAAAGGGGGGCGUGAUCCAGACCUUCAAGAGGACGCUGUCGAGAAAAGACAAGAAGAACAGAAACAAAGGGGCUGACGAGCCUGCAGGGGACGAGAACAGGGCGAGUGAAAACCCAGCGAAUGGCAACCCAGAAACACCAGGACGGUGCACGGGAGCGAAAAGGCAAGGAGAGUGGCAGGCGGACACAAGCGGUCCUCAGCCGGACUCCUUCGAUCAGCUUGGUUUACCGCUUGGAAUUCAACUCUGCGAUCACUCCGAGGAGGCCUUCCUGACGGCAGUCAUAAAUUACUCCAACAGCUCCACGAUUCACUUCAAGCUCUCGCCAGCGUAUGCCCUCUACGCCGCGGGCCGCUUCGCGCUGCGACGUCCGGACGCGGCGACUGGCGGCGUAAGCUCUAUCGUAGACAAAAUGGUGGCUGUGACGAGCAAGGUCAUCCAGGCAAGUCCAGAAGCAUACUCUUGUCACGUAAGUCUGCCCAGUGUCAGAGGCAGAGGUGGGGAUGCAAAUGAGGAAUGGGGGGGGACGCCACAAAGACAGCAUAUUCUCUUCAUCUUCCAGAGGCAGCAGGAUAUCGCCGGAGCUCUCGCCUUCUGGUUGGCUAACACUUCAGAGCUGCUCAACUUUUUCAAACAUGACAAGGACCUCAGCGGGCUCACGCGACAAAGUCAGUUGGAUCUGUCGCACCUCGUGCACAAAGCUUACAGCCACCUGAUUCAGUGCAUCCAGAUUGAGCUCAGCAAGAAUCUGCCGACCUUUUUGAUCGAUCCCGAGCAACAUGGUCCUCUUCCUGCCGGGACAGAGAUGGUGCUGAACACCUUGAUGAACAGCAUGUCACUGUUGCGCCGCUACCAGGUCAACCCGGCCCUCGCCAUCCAGCUCUUCUCCCAGCUCUUCCACUUCAUCAGCACCUGGCUCUUCAACCGUCUCGUCAACCCUGACACCAGCACCCCGGGCCUGCGCUCCCACUAUUGGGGGGCGGCUCUCCGCCAGAGGUUGACCGGCAUAGAGGCCUGGGCGGAGAGGCAGGGCCUGGAGCUGGCGGCCGACUGCCAUCUGGGACGCGUCAUCCAGGCAACGAUGCUCCUGACCAUGAAUAAAUACACCACAGAAGAUGUGAAAGAGAUCCAGAACAGCUGCUUCAAGCUGAAUUCCUUGCAGCUGCAGGCUUUGCUAAGCGGAUACUUUUACGCCCCCAAUGAGCCUCACAUCCCAGCGGAAUUGAUCACUGCUGCGGUCAUGGCCGCAGAGGCCUCGGCGGACAAUCUGAUUCGGCAGGAAGGCCGAGACGUACAGCUGGAGGAGAACCUAGACCUCCACCUGCCCUUCCUGCUGCCAGAUGGCGGCUACUCCUGCGACAGCAUGAGAGGAACCCCUCCCGGAUUUCGGGAGUUCCUGGAGCCCAUUUGCCAGAGAGGUCUCUGCUAUCUAACCUCCCAGCAGAACCCGAAAGGAGAUUGGACCGUCUUCUUCAAUGAACCAGGAACUCCAUACUUGGACAACCAGAAAGAGCCACAGACCGUUACGAUCACCCUGAAGAAACCUCUCAACAGUGGCAUGGGGGUCAGCAUUGUGGCUGCCAAGGGAGCGGGCCAAGACCACCUUGGGAUUUACAUCAAGUCAAUCGUCAAGGGAGGCCCAGCUGAGAUGAAUGGACUGUUGACGGCGGGGGACCAGCUGCUCAGCGUGGACGGUCAAAACCUCCUCGGUCUCAGUCAGGAAAGGGCGGCGGCGAUCAUGAUGCAAACCGGGCCUAUUUUGACCUUAAAAGUGGCCAAGUUUGGCGCCAGCUUCAAUGGCCUCGGUGCUCUGUUGGGCGAUCCCGCCCCUCCUAAGACUGCAGCGGGUGAUAACAGCCACGUCGCAGCAAGCCGGAAGGAAAUUCCUCUGUACGCUGUGGAGGAGCUUGCUCAACCGGAGCAGUCGGGGUUUCGGCACGGCCGCCGCGGGGAAAAGAAAGCGCAGAUCAUGCAGAGGAACAGGCAAUUUUAUCGCUCCAACCCCAACAUGGCCGAUUUUGCCCUCGAGGAUGGGGAUGAGCUCGCCAACCGAGACGUGCGGGGGAACAAGUCACUUUCCAACCUUUCCACCGAUACAUUUCAUCGAGAAUAUUUGACGCUCCCGACUCCGAAAUAUCAGGACAAGAACACAUCCGCAUCCGGUCGACCGCAGCAAAUGUUUCAGGUGUCUCUGAGGCCUUUGGGAGGACCGAAUGCUGUUCACAAAAGGAGCUUGAUGCGUCAAGCGGUUUCACAGGAGAACUUGUGCGUGGACACGGGAGGCCCCCUGCUGGACACAAGUCAGAUUAUCUGGCAGGGCCGAGGUGCCAAGCAAAACUACCACUCGCACCUUCCCGUUCGCCCGAGCGUCUCCAACCAAAACCUCCUCGUUGACAACUGCUGUCCGGACAAAGGGCAGCAAGGGAGCCGCGCGGGAAUCUGGAGGACCCCCUUUUCACAACAGCCCACGCCGACACCUUCCAUCCAACCCGUCCGCAUCGACAUCCCCGUGACCAGGCCGCUCGCUUCUCACGCCAAUCCUCCUCUCACCACAUUUCAACAUCGUUCCCGUCUUGUGGCACUGAGGUCCGGUAGUACCCUUCAAAUAAACGGACACUCGGAUCAAAGGAGUCCGAAACCGCCCGUCAACUACUACGCAUGUCCGAUUCCCGCUGAUCAGAAGCUGCCUCGACCUUCGCGGCUAUCCCAGCAACAUGCGGCAAAACCUCAAGUGAGCAUCACUCCCACAAAGCACGUUUCCUUUCAAGAACCACUGAGCCAGCAGAAGCAUGGCGCUUGUCCGGCGGAGCCAAAAGACUUCCGGGAACCGAACGAGACGCCGAAGCCGAGAGAGGACGAACUCCUGGAGCAGGAGGUAAAGGCGCUUCAGGCCAAGGAGGAACUCGGCGCCAAGGAGACGGAGCGACUUGGCAGACUGAGCCUGGAGUGGCAGUUUCAGAAGAGGCUGCGAGAGAUCCAGCAAAGGGGCGAGGACGAGGAUGAGGACGAUGACGACUUGGACAUGAUGGUGAUGAUACGAGAGUUGGAGAAAAGAGCUCAGAAAACGAAAAGCCCAACGGAGAAAGCAACAAAUGACGAUUUGAAAGCAGAGACCAAAAGUCUUGCCGUCCCAAAAGAUGAGAAAACAGGUACUUUGUUGGUGGAAUAUUGAUCCUGU